UAUCGAAUGCCAACGAAAGAGAGACGUGUAAAGCUUCCCUAUACAUUUAAAGGCAUGUCAUUUCUACAAAAAUUCUAAAGAGACAAUUACCCAAACCUCACUUUCUUUGAAUAAAAAACACUCUGCUCAUGUAUGCUCUUACGUCACUCCCUUCUGCUAAAUUUGGUAUAAACAGAAACCCUCUUCAUUCACAACCAACCCUUUUGCAAUGGCUUCACAACCACACCAUCUUCACUUUGUUUUGAUACCCUUAAUGGCCCAAGGCCACCUUAUUCCCAUGGUAGACAUGGCUAAGUUAUUAGCCCAACGAGGCAUUGUUGUCACCAUUGUCACCACACCCCUCAAUGCUAUCAGGUUCAAUGCCAUCACCGAUCGCGCAAUCGAAUCCGGGCUCCCCAUCCGGGUUCUCCAACUUCGGUUUCCAUCCGCGGAGGCCGGCUUGCCGGAGGGAUGUGAGAGCAUGGAUACAGUCCCCUCUCAAAACUUGUUUAAGAAUUUCUUCGAGGCGCUUGAAAUGUUGCAGCAACCUCUAGAACAAGUGUUUGAAGAGUUGCAGCCCAGACCGAGUUGCAUAAUAGCCGAUAAGCAUCUUGUCUGGGCAGCUGAUACAGCUAAAAAGUUUGGGAUACCACGGAUUAGUUUCGAUGGGAUGAGUUGCUUCACUCUCUUGUGUACACACAAUUUACACAUUUCCAAGGCUCAUGAGGGUGUCCCUGGGUCUCAUGAUCUGUUUGUCGUGCCCGGUUUGCCUGAUCAUAUCGAGUUCACUAGAGCACAGCUGCCCGGACAAUUCAAUCCAGGCGCAUUUAAUAUAAACGAUAUUCGGAAACGAAUAAGAGAAGCCGAAACGGGAGCACUUGGAGUGGUGGUUAAUAGUUUUGAGGAGUUGGAAGCAAGAUAUGUUAGUGAGUAUCGGAAGGUGAAUAAGGUAUGGUGUAUUGGGCCAUUGUCAUUAUGCAACACACAGGAGUUGGAUAAGGCUCAGAGAGGAAACAAGGCCUCAAUCGAUGAGAGCCAGUGCUUGAAGUGGCUGGACAAAUGGAAGCCGAGCUCUGUAGUUUAUGCAUGUCUCGGAAGCCUAACUAAUGUUGCAGCUCCACAGCUAGUAGAGCUCGGUUUAGCCUUGGAAGCAUCCAACUGUCCCUUUAUUUGGGUGAUAAGAGGAGGGGAUAGAACGAAAGAGCUAGAGAAGUGGAUGAAAGAAGGGUUUGAGGAGAGAACAAAAGGGAGGGGCCUUUUGAUCCGAGGUUGGGCUCCACAAGUAUUGAUCUUGUCACAUCCUGCCAUUGGCGCAUUCUUGACACACUGUGGUUGGAAUUCGACGCUGGAAGGAGUAUGCAGCGGCGUGCCAAUGAUAACAUGGCCCUUCUUUGGAGAGCAGUUCUUGAAUGAGAAGUUUGUUGUAGAGGUAUUGGAGAUUGGUGUUAGUGUUGGGGCUAAGGCUGUUGUGCACGUGGGUGAAGAACACAAGUGUGGAGUGUUGGUGAAGAGGGAGGAAAUUAGGAAGGGUGUGGAGAGAGUAAUUGGUGAAGGAAAAGAAGGGGAAGAGAGAAGGAAAAAAGCAAAAGAGCUUGGGGAGAUGGCAAACAGGGCAAUAGAAGAAGGGGGAUCAUCUCAGCUCAACAUCACAAUGCUAAUCCAGGACAUAAUUCAACAAGCAAAAAAUUGGUCAUCUUGUUAGUUUUGUGGCUCUGUUUUGCUUCAAAUACUUAGCUUGAGUAGUUUGAACUUUUUUUUUUUUUU